AUGGCACCCCCGAAUGAUCGCAAGCGCCGGAUUCAAGAUACCGAGAAUUCUGCUGCCACCAAAUCGCAUGAUCCAGACGGCGGAAUUGCGCGAACAGCGAAGAAAGCCAAAGUCGAGGAUGGACGGUCCAUCUUUGUUCGAUCACUGCCCCCUGGCGUAACGAACGAGAGUCUUACCGACUUUUUCUCGCAAUACUUUGCCGUCAAGCAUGCUACAGUGGUGGUUGACCAGGAAACGAAAGAAUCAAGAGGAUUCGGAUUCGUAUCAUUUGCUGACGCCGACGAUGCUAGAGAUGCCAAAGCGGCGUUGGACAAGAAGGAGUGGGAUGGCAGGCGCAUUCGAAUUGAGGUUGCGGAACCUAGACAGCGUAAUGCCGAUGAAGCAUCCAAGAGGCCUGGAAAGGGCAGGGAGGCGUUCCAGAGGCCAUCUACCAAGCUGAUUAUUCGAAAUCUGCCUUGGAGUAUCAAAACCUCCGAACAACUAUCAAAACUAUUCUUGAGUUAUGGCAAGGUCAUAUACUCUGAUCUUCCACAAAACAAGGGAAAGCUAAAGGGAUUCGGUUUCGUCACCAUUCGUGGACGUCCAAAUGCAGAGAAGGCUCUGGAGGCUGUUAAUGGCAAGAUUGUUGAUGGCCGGCCAUUGGCUGUUGACUGGGCUGUUGAUAAGGCGACCUGGGACAAGCAACAGAAUACGGAAAACGGCGAAAAAGACUCACAAGAUGAUGAAGAUGAGGCUGAAGAUGAGAAGGAGGACAAGGAUGACAUGAAGCUGCUGGAUGAAGUGGAUGAGGAGAAGGAGACCCAGAAACCAAAGCGAGAGCUGAUGACAGAUAACUCUUCAACCGUUUUUGUUCGAAACCUACCAUUUACAGCUACAGAUGAGCAGCUCAAAUCUUUCUUUGGCCAUUUUGGCAAUGUUCGAUAUGCUAGAGUUGUCAUGGACAAAGCUACCGACAGGCCGGCUGGCACUGGCUUCGUCUGCUUCGUCGACACUGCGGAUGCAAAAACCUGCAUAAUAGAUGCUCCUCGUCGCGCACCACCGACUGCAGGAGGAGUCAAGCAUUCCAUCCUCCAAGACGAGAACGCUGACCCCACCGGAAAGUACACAAUGGACGGCCGAGUUCUGCAAGUGGCCCAAGCCGUUGGCAAGAAUGAGGCUGCCAACUUGGCAGAGAACUCGCUCGCACAAAGGAGGCAAAAAGAUAAACGUCAUCUGUACCUCUUGUCUGAAGGUGCCAUCGGUGGAAACUCUCCGCUGCGGGGUCUUUUGACUGAUGCAGAGGUUCGGAUGCGAUCGAUGAGUGCUCAGCAGCGCAAGAAGCUUGUGGAGAAGAACCCUAUGCUACACAUCAGCUUAACCCGACUUGCUCUUCGUAACAUUCCCAACGAUAUUGGCGCCAAGGAACUGAAGGAGCUGGCUAGAAAGGCCGUUGUCGAAUUUGCCAAGGACGUCAAGGAGGGGCGCCGACAGCCCCUUUCCAAAGAAGAGAAUGCCAGAGACGGCAAGGAUGCAAAGGACAAGGAGAAGGACAGGAAGCAAAAGCGCAAGGGUAUUGUCAAGCAAGCAAAGAUUGUGUUUGAAGACAACAAGGGAUCCAAGGUAUCUGAGUCGAGCGGAGCCGGCAAGAGCCGUGGCUACGGAUUCAUCGAGUACACGUCCCAUCGCCACGCCUUAAUGGGUCUGAGAUAUUUGAACGGACACCAGCUUGACGGAAACAACGGCAGGAAGCAGCGCUUGAUUGUCGAAUUUGCCAUUGAGAACGCUCAGGUGGUGAAGCGACGACAGGAGGCUGAGAAAACAGCUCGAAAGCCAAAGAAGGACGGCGAUGCAGAUGCAUCUGAGCACGAGGAGGACGAGGACGAAGAGGUUCCCGAGCAAAAGAAGAAGAAGCAAAAGGGUAAAAAGCCCAAGGGCAACAUGAACAAGGGUCCCCAGGUGGGAACCAAGGCGAAGCCUCCCAAGGAAGGGGAUGUCGAUGAGAAGAAGAAGCCGGCUGACGCAAAGGAGGCGAUCCAGCAGAAGCUGAUUGCGCGGAAGAGACAGGUGCGCAAGAAGAAGGCUGUGGCGAGAGGAAAAGCGUAG